GUGUAAAGCCCGAUCCAGACUCAGAGGAAUAUUCCUUUCAUCAGUUUAGGGUGAAUGGAAAGUUAACGUAUUCCAGUGACACCAUGUUAGAACAAAAGAUUCAAGAACUAUUGAACACAAACAAAAUAAAAGCGUGCACCGGAAAUAACGAAAAAAACCCGAUAUGUGUGACAGGGAACGGGACAGUUAGUACUAACAUACAACUUGAGGAAAAUAUGAAAGGUUACAUAAACAUUCCAUUAAUGGUGAAGGAUGCUGCAGGAAACAGUACGACAAUGCUUAGGAUUUACAUCAUCUCUGACUAUCAGACUGGCUCGAUAUUAAUUAAUGGUAAUAAAGAAUAUGUACAAGGCAUUAAAGCGGAUUUGAUGAGAAUUCUAACCGAGUUAACUGGGCAAAAUUUUACAGCUGAUGGUAUUCGUCCCUUUAAUACGGGAACUUUUCAAAGCACGUAUCUAGAUUUCCAUGUUGCUGAUCCUAAAACAGGAACAAUUCUUAGCGCAAAAGACGCCAUUCAGUUAUUCGACAAAUAUUCCAGCCAACUUGGAGUUAUUUUAAAGCAGUAUAGUAUUUUAGCUGCUAAGACAUAUACAGAAACUCAAGCCCAGGAUGAUGAAGGCGGUAUUAAAACCACAUAUAUUAUGAUCGCUGUGAUUGCACUUCUUGGAGCUACAAACUUGUUGAUUGGUUUCUGCUUUUGUAGUAGCGCAUCAAGAUACCAACACAAAUUGAAAGCAGCUACAACAAAGUCAACAGGAGAUCAGGACAAAGGUGGAACAGAGACUCACCCAGGAACGAAUGUUUAUGCUAGAAACCAAAAUCCAUUACUGAAUAAAGAUGGUGAAUAUACCAAUGUCGACUACGAUCGAUUUGCUGAUUAUGCAAGUGUGGCUUCAUUCGAUUCUAAUCAGUUUACAAAGAAAGAACCCGUACGUGGAGAUGAGGAGAAAGGUGCUACUAUGGACAUGUACGAUAAUGAGAGGGAGUCACAGCAGGGUGAGAAUGAGUCUCUUGCAAUGGUUCUUGAACAGUACAAGAAGGAAAAGGCUGCUAGUUGUGAAAGUUUGGUUCCAAGCGAAAUGCACAAUGGUCAUCUUCACUCUGAUGAUUUUACACAUUCAUUCGAAAAUGAUGGCUUUGAACUAAGCCUUGAAACGACCGAAGUUUAAGACAAGGUUCUGUUUUAAUACAGUGCAGUGCAUAAUCAGUUAUUUGCGAAAAACAAUGCAUCAUUUAAUGUAAAAAAAUCGGUCUCGAAUAUACUUUUGUGGAAAAGAAAUAAUUUAUUUAGCUACAGCUAUAGAUAUCUGUCUCAUUGAUAAAACGUUAUGUUCAAAUAUUGAAUUCCAGUCACGCAGUCCAACCGUGUCAAACUUUUUUAUGAUAUAUAUACAAUAGUAUACAUCCGCAAUGUAACAUUGUAAUGUGCAAUGAGUUAAACGUGUAUGCACCUUACUUUUUCAAAGACUAUCGAAUAGCAAUUUUAGUAUAAUUAUCAGCAUCCACAUAAUUUGUUUGGCCAAGGGAAAAGUUUUAAAAUGUGUUUAUCCCCCAUUUCCCAAGCCAGUGCAUCAGUAGAAACCAAACUGUCAAAUUAGUUAUAAUUGUCUUAUUUAGAAUAGAACAAAUAUAUAUUAGGGAUUUUAGUAAUUUUAUGUUAUUAAUGAAUAAAGAAUUAUAAGAGCAAUUAUUUGGAUCUUAAAUCACAAAUAAAAGAGAAUCUUACCUUCUAUAGGUAAAAUACUCUGACUUCGGCGUCAUUAAAUAAUCAUGAUAAUAGCUAAUAUAUAUUCAAUAAAAGUUAGAUAAAAAUUCUUAGACUCUGAAAAAAACUUGCAUGUGUAUGGCAUGUAUAUAUUUGAAUUCAAGUGCUGGUCACUCGAAUGUCGAAUGUAUGUAUUCUAAUUUUCUAUUCAAAUUUGUAAAUGCUCCAGCUGGAUUGGGCAAACAAUUUUAUGCAGAUAAUGUAUAGAAAUUAUAUAUUUCAAUGUACAUUUGCUGCAUGUUGGUAAUAUUUUUCUUAUCUUACAAGUUUUUAUUCAGUCAAAUAUCAUGCUAAAGGUCUGUCGUGUUGAAACAAUAAUUUUCAUGAAUGAAGUACAAAUUCCAAAUAUCAAUUGCUUAAAACGUGUAAUAAAAUAAACUGUCCAUGGAUCAGGCUAAGCAAGAUUCAUGCAACUAGUUAUUGUAGUUCUCUAUAAUUGAAAUAUAUGAAAUAUGAAAAGAUGUUUUUCCUGUAUUUUUAGAAGGAUUUAUUUGUAUACAAUACAUCAUCAUUAUUAUAGCGUUAAUUCCAUGUACGUUUGUCUAUUUCAUGUUAAAUAAUUGUGAUGGUGUUUGUUUGAUUAUUUUUAUAA